AUGGACGCCCGCACAGAAUCAUAUGCACCUCUACCAUCAACACGGCAAAGCCGAAUGAAGAUUGACUCGCUGCUGAAUCCGCCAACAGACGAACCCGAGCCCAGCGGCUCGCCCUACUCGCAGCAUGCCUCAACGUCAUCUUCAUCGCACGGCUACCAACCUUCACCGGGGUACCCGCCCAGCCCAAACCAGUACUGGUACGGCCGAUAUGGCGGGUACCACGACACGAGCCCGGGGUCCGUGUCAACGGCCACCACACACGCCAGCAGCACCAGCAGCAACAGUCUCAGCAUGAACAUGCAUCCGGCGCACCACCACCAACCACCACCCCAGCAGCAGCAACAGCAGCCGCACCACCACCACCACCACAUGUUCCUCUCCUACCGGCCAUCCGGGUCCGCGCACUCCUCGCCAGACCCCUACCAGCCGCGCGAGCGCUACGACUCCGUCUCCAGCAGCUCCAGCACUAACGGCGCCGACCGCCGCCGCCCGCCUCGUCCCAAGUACGAGGAAGAGGAAAUGUACUUUAUCUGGUACCACCGCGUCGACCUCUGCCAGGAGUGGAAGGAGGUCCGCGAGAGCUUCAACCGCCAGUUCCCCAGUCGCCAGCGCCGCGGCUUCCAGGGUAUCCAGUGCAAGUUCUACCGCUUUAUCAAGGAGAAGAAGUGUCCGACUCUCCGUGAGCAGCGCCGUAUGCGUGACGGCGAGUUUCUGCGUGACGGCGCCGCUUUGGGACCCGACUCGGGUGCGCCGCGAUUUGGCGUCAAGGAAUGGGCAAAUGUCUGGUAUCCGUGGAUGCGCGAGGACCGGGACCAAGCCAUUCAUCAAAAGCGUAUUUCAUCAUGA